AUGGUUGCUACGCAAGCAGCGACAUGUCCGGCGACGCUCCAAGACGGAGAUGAGCUGUACCAUGUGAACGCACUUGCUUCGCUUGGCCCGUUUACCACCCAGUGGAACGAUGGCUCUUCCACCUACACCUACAAGGUUGACCCAUGUGACACCAUUGCAAGCUGCGGCGGUGACACCAACCAGGCGGGCUGCCAGGUCAACACAGAUGCUGCAAAGUCGAAGGGUAUGGGCAAGUCGGCGACGGCGGUGUAUGGGUUCGAUGUGCCUGGUGGCCUCGGAUGGAAUGCGAUUUACACCGACGGCACGCCGUGCCACGAUGGGACGCCGCGGUCGUUCCGCCUCACGGUUCUGUGUGACAAGUCGGUGACUGGGACGCCUGUGCUCGAGUUUGACGGCGAGACGUCGCACUGCCACUACGAGAUGGUGCUGCGGUCGGGAGGCGAGGGCGCGUGUCCAGCCGACUCGCCAUCGCCGUCGCCGCUCCCGGCCGACUGCACCACAUUUUCGCCCGAGGGCCACCCGGACGUGGUGUACGAGCCGCACCUGCUGAACCUGCCGGGUGAGGAGGCGUACCAUGCCACGUCGGAGAUCGGGCACUACAUGUUUGACCUCGAUGUGUGCGGGCCGGUGACGUGCGCCGGUGGCGACGAGUUGAAGCCGGUCGGCGUGUGCCAGUAUGAUAUUGACGCUUCGCGGGCAUUCUCGCUGGGCACCGUCGAGUCGGCUUCGUUUGAGGCCUUUGACGAUGCUACUGCAGGCUACCGCAUCACGUACAGCAACGGCGAGCAGUGCCACGACGGGACGUCUCGCAAGACGAUUCUCGCGGUCUAUUGCUCGCCAUCGACGGUCGAGCCGGUACUCACGUUUGUGGCCGAGACCGCCCACUGCGAGUACCUGUUCUCACUCAAGGCCAACAUCGGGGCGUGCCCGUCGCAGGCGCCGCCGCCGCCGCCGCCGCCGCCGCCGACCGCCACCUGCCCGUCCAAGAUUGUGGACUCGGACGCGCACGGCGAGUUCUGGUACUCCCCGUCCAAGCUGGCGUCUAUUCCGCCGUUCACAACGACGGCGACCGACCCCAACUCGGACCUCACGUACACCUACACGCUCUCGGUCUGCCAUCCGCUCUCGCACAUGUGCGGCGACGGCGACGACUACACGGCAGUCUGCCAGGCACACGACGACAUCCAGUUUGCGCUCGGCUCGUCGAGGCUUGUCUACGCCCAGCCCAUGCAGCCUGCGCGGUCGGGCUACAUGCUGCAGUACGGCGGUGGGAGCAAGUGCCACGACAACACGGCACGCUCGACCCGAGUCUACGUCAUGUGCGACCCAACGGCAACGACGCCCGAGCUUGUCUUUGGUGGCGAGACCUCGCACUGCCAGUACGAGUUCACCCUCACCGCCGCCGAGGCCUGCCCCGACGGCCCGCCGUCGCCGCCAGCCGCUACUUGCAGCGACGCCCACCUCCCGUCGCAACUUGCCGGCGGCCUGGUGUACAACUUCCACUCGCUGCUGACGUCGUCGGCCGAGGUGACGGCUUACCUCGGCGCCUCGCAGUAUGACUUUGAGGUCAACGUCUGCGGCGCAGUUGACUGCCCCAAGCGCCACGACCUGUCUGUUGAUGCUGGGGCGUGCCAGUCAUGGGACUCGCACGGCCACAUGCGCGGCCUCGGUGACGUCGCCUCGGCCCGGAUUGUCGAGCUUCCGGGCAACGAUGGAUACACGGUGACGUACACCGGUGGCGACUCGUGUGCCGACGGCACCCAGCGGGCCACUAUCAUCACCGUCGAGUGCAUGCCCAACCCCGACCAACGACUGCACCUUUGA